UACUAGAUAAUUGUUCUUUGUAGUACAAGCUUUGUAAUUAUCUUUGCGUGUUUCAUUAAACUUGUUUCUGAAGCAUAUCAGGGCACCAGGCUCCCACAGAUAACACUGAUGGAAUGGUGGAAAGUGGCAGUAUCAGUGGAUUCCUCUGCUUGAAUAUUCAAUAGGUGUUUCCAAAACAUGGCAGUUGGAUAUGUUUCCAGCUCUGCAAUCGGUUCGAGCUCUUGCAGCGAGUAAAAGCAAGGUCUUCCAAGACUCGCUUUUGUUACUUGUAGGGGACUGUCGCUGGUGCGUGGAUUUCUACACCACCCAUAAAAUUGGUCAAACUGUAGUUCCUUGUUGAAAAGUAAUGUAGCAGGUAUCCACUUAUAUUUUUCAUUUCUAAACCUUAUAAAUUGUGUCCAAUUCAAAAUUAUCACAGUGGUGCCACCAGUGUUUUUCAUAUGUUAUACCAUUUUCUCACUAAUGCAAUUUGUUCUUCAUAAAUGUAUCUUUUUGAACAGCACAAAUGCAUCUCUCAGGUUUGACUUCAUCUUGGUCCUUGGUACCCCUCUGUGAUAGUGCUUUAGAAAUAAACCUUUCUUGAGCCUUCUGAAAUAAGAUUCCUCUUCUCCCAUGGUUUCAGGUGCCACUCGCUGAAGACACAGCACUGGUUUGUGCCAUAUGGGCAUGAAGAAGAUUGUAGUUAUUAUUAGAAGUGGUUGCGCAGCUUUUCAGUGCUCGCAAUUUCUUAGUUUGUUGUUGGAUGAUUUGUUGCAUGUUUCCCAUUGUGUGUUGGGAACGAGCUCGCCACUUUGCCUGCUUCGAGUGCGGUGUGCAGUGUGUGACUGAGGCUACCUGGACCCUGAGGGAGAAAAUCUGAGCAGCAAGACAAGUAAUAUGGAGUUCUAUAAAUAUGGUGCCCAAGUGGCUUUGUGUAUGAAAAAACACAAACAUUAUUGUUGGCCAUUUACUUUCUUCUAUGCUCUCUUUGCAUUAUUUUGCUUUCUUUUGUACGCGCGCUGGAUUGCGUGCCCCAACUUCAGGUCCUGUAUUUCCAAAAUUGCCUAAUCCUUUGCAUUGAAACUUGUAUCAUUGUGCCAACAGUUGCAGCCGCAGAUACAAGUAGUAGUUGCAGAAUGCAAUUGGCUAAUAGCUUGGUUAAGCACUGUCCAAUGGUAGGCUGCCAUAAGUGCUUCUGUUUGCUGCAUCGUCCUGGUAUUUCAAAAUAAUGGUUGCACUCAAUCUAUAACUACUUUUACACUUUCCACCAGUACUUAACAUAAUACUGUUUACAAGUAUCCUUUGAGUUUGCAGAAAAGACAGGAAGCUGCUGGAGGGCUGCAUUGUCUCCAGUCUAAGUUUUUUCUUGCUUUUUUCUGAAGAAAUGUUCUGAAGUCAAUCAGCCCAACCAGAAAAUGUUGAUGUAUUUCUAAUGAAGCGUUUGGAGGGCUGUUACUGGCUGUUAGUAAUUAUGGGGAUUGGAGCUUUUCGAUGAGAAAUUUACAUACAAGUAUCCCAAGUGAACUGAUAAAUGUACUAUGAAAAUUGUGCAGUUGUGAUGCAUCUGAUAUGUACAUGUAGGUGCUAAGUGUCAUAAUGCUGACUGCCUGAUUUUGAUGAUUAACGUCUUCUUUUUCUCUUUUUCAUAACCUCGAGCAGUGCGCCUGGAGGAACAGGGUUGUUUUGCACCUGUAGACAUCGGAACUCUGAUGCUCCCGGAAACAGCUGGCCCGUCGCUGCUUCCAGAGGAGAGGCCUCGGCCGGCGCCAGCAGGGACCAUUGUUCAGCACCAGUGUCGCUUCUGCCCGUAUGCGACGUGGCAGAAGUUCCGUCUGAUGGUGCACGAGCGAGUACACACGGGCGAGCGGCCCCAUCGGUGCCACGUCUGCAGCCGUGCAUUCGCGCAGAGUGCGCAUUUAGUGGGCCACAUGCGGUCGCACACUGGCGAGCGGCCCUACUCGUGCCCGCACUGCCCAGCCGCCUUUGCUCAGUGCAGCAGCGUCAAGAAGCACAUGCGCAGGUACCAUGACCCACACAGUGGUGGACGCAGGCACAGAGCCCCCCUGGACAGCAGCAGCAGUGGGAUGCCAUAGACGUGCUGUUGACCACAGAACGCUGCAUGUGUUAAGGGGAGAGUGCCUCUCCACAACUUUCUCCCGCAAGGUUGCUGCAAAUGCAAUCAAUUCAAUCUCCUGCUAACUUUACUAAAGGGAAAUCGGGCACUGCGAUCCUUCAGCUACAUUGGAAAUGAUAGUAUAGUGAAGCCUUGGUUAAUGAGCACAAAUAUAACAGAUGAUUGGAUAUAUUUAUCGAUAUCUAAAAUGUUUUCAUGGAGCAAGAAAAUAAACUAGGAGAGAGCAUUGCGUUAUGCAGCCAUCCUAAGCAAAUGAACUCUCUCUGAAGCCAUUUGUUUUGCUUUUACAGCAUAAGCUGCCAUGGGUUCAUUCCAAUAGCCGUUUGUGUUGGUGAUGGUGUCCGACGCUAGUGUCCGUCACAUCUCCCGCUUGGAAUGAGAGAAGGAAUGCCCAUUUCCCUCUGGGAUCAAACCCAGGUCUCCUGGGCGGGAGUCAGCUACUUCCCCACUGAGCCACGUCAGUGCAGCUAGCUUGCAGCGAAGAAAUGCCCUGUAAAGGUGUCCUAGCGCGUGAGGAGACACGCUAUGUGACAUACGUGCUGCGUAGCAUUGAUACCUGCUCGCUUUGCAUUGCAGUUCCAGAUCACUACACCAAGUUGCAUGCAAUGUAGCACAUGCAUAGGUAGAUGCACAAGGUAGUUAGGGAAGGUUUGAGGGAGAAAAAGCAAAUUAAAAGGGAUGUAUUCAGAAACGCUAGAAAAAAACAUAUAUUGUGUACCUGAUUAAAUCAAGCUGGCUUGGUGACUAUGUCACCGCUGCAUUUCAAAGGAGAUGCCAAUAAAUCAUCAUCAUCAUUAACAUUGUGCAUGGCACUUGUCUUGCGAUGUGAGAUGUGCGCCGCAUAUCGUGUAUACAUGUGCCCUCUGCAUUGCAGUUGCGUAAAAUUACAGGAGGUGCCAUGUCAUGUAGCAUUUGCAUAGGUGGUUGUACAGGAUAGAUCGAGAAGGUUUGAGAAAGAAAAAGAAGGUUAAGGAGGUGUAUACAGAAAUGCUAGAACGAAAAACAUUUGUAGCAUACUUGAUGAAAUCAAGCAAACUAGGUGACUGCCACCAUCCAAUUUCAAAGGG